AUGACCGAGUCCGAUGGGAAGGGCCUGACGGUGCCCAAAUUCUCCUCCUUCAAACCACCAGCGCCGGUGUUGGACAUCACCACACAGUCGAACGAGAGCACGUCUGACAAGACAUCGAAGCGCCACAAGGACAGGACAUCUCAUCGACACAGUCGACAUGAUCGACUUGAGGAUCGCGAUCGCUCGUCCCGGCACCGCCACGACCAUCGCUCUGAAAACUCAUCCGCGCAGCCUUCAGAAUCCCGCCGAGAUAGAUAUGAGCGUAGUCUAGAACAUCGUUCGGAUAAGCAUCAAUCGGGUCGUGCCUCUGAGAGACGGCAUCGUCAUCGCUCAAGGUCGCCAGCUCAAGACAAGCUUGCACUGGUGAGAGCACAGCCAGUGCCGCAACCCGACGCCGCCUCGGCAGGAGAUGCCCAGUUCAUUAUAGAUCAGCGGGGAGACCCUCUGAUCUCGAGGUAUCGCAGAAAUGACCGUUCAAAAAUUCCCCAGUACCGUCGCAAUGGGCGUGGGCGGCUGCUGGGCUCCGAUGGCUACCUGUCGAUUCACACCGAUGCCAUGGACGAAGAAUUCAGCAUUCGACGGCCGGGUCAAGGAGCCUCGGCUUUGAAAGAUAGGCACCUUUUCGCUAAGGUUCGUUACACGAAGCCAAGGCGAAUUCGGGUACGGAAAGACGGCACGGCCUCGUCAGGCGAAGAGGAAUUCGUCCCACUCAGCCAAGCGAAGAACCGACGCCACGAUCAUGACGCAUCGGCAUCAGAGGACGAAGCCAUGGUUUACAGGUCUAUCGAAGGCAAAGCCAAAGCACAUCAGUAUUCAGACAGUGAGCUGGAAUACGACUCGUCUGACGCCGGCGAAUCGAGGUUUGACGACGAUGACCCAGCUAGAAGGAAGUCCAUCGAGCUCUCACGUCGCGUCAAAGAACAUCCAAACGACAUUGAAGCAUGGUUGGCCCUCAUUUCCCACCAGGAUGUGCUCUUGCAUAGAUUCCAAGACUCUGGCGGUGAAGCUACUGAGGCCGAGGUGCGCAGCUUUGCCGAGAUUAAGCUUUCCAUGUACGAGAGCGCUCUUCAAGCCCAAUCUGCAGACCAUGAAGAGCAACUCUUACUCGGCAUGAUGCUGGAAGGAGCCAAAACUUGGCCAGCCUCUAAGCUCCAUCGGCGACUACUAGACGUUGUGCAGCGACACCCGACCAGCUUCGUGCUUUGGAAAGAGAGAAUCGACUCCAUGUUGACGAACAUGACGGCAUUUCAAUUCCAUGAGCUGAAGGAUGCCUAUCAAGAACGUCUGCUAUCACUCCCUGGCUUACAGAAGUAUCCUGGUACCGCGAACUCGCUGUGGCUGCGUGGCAGGCCGUCUUGGAGUUGA